UUUUCUUUCCAAUAAUUUUCAGUGGAUUCAUACAAAAGAACUUAUAAACUUUUCACUGAAGUUAAAAGUGUAAAUUUAAUAUUUUGUGCAGCAGUUUGUUACAGUUUUUUUACACGCGUUGUGCGUGUUACUUCAAUGAUAUAUAUUAGAACUUGUAUCCGUAGACAAUAUAGUCCGUAGUCAGCAAUAAGUACUGAAAUUGAUUCGUGGCCGAAAUUGACAAUUGUAUGACAUACAGUCAUUCUCCUUGCUGCCGUUGUAUUUGUACUCUGUUGUUCCUUCGCUCUUUCGGUGUUUUGUGGAAAAAUCGAAAAGGAUCUCUUGUACCUGCAACUGCAACGAGGUGCUGCAUUAAUAGCGGUUUAAUUAAGUAUUAAAAAUAAUUAUUCUGUGGUCGACAAAAACAACUGUGAAGCUCAAAAUAUCCACAUAAAGUUUGUCCAUCAAUAAAUUGCCACCUUUAGGAGACGCAAAAAAAAUCAAAUGGCCGAACGUCCAAGUAAUCUUUUUGCAGCUGGAAGUAGCCGUCCUCGCAAUCCGCCAAGUGAAUUGAAUUUGGGCAGUUUUAAUGGUCGCCAACCGCCUUCAUUUUCUUCAACUUCAUCCGGUUCAGCUUCGUCCAAUUUGUCUACAUCGUCAGCCUCCAGUUCCUCUUCACACAAUUUGGUGCAACGAUUUUGUGCGCCACCAGCACCAGCACCAGCACCAGUAGUGGCACCGGUAGCACCGCCGGCUGCAACAACAAACAAUCAAGAACGCACCCGUGAACGCAUAAAACAACAAGCCUGCGGAAAGCUACUCAUCGAUGAAGAAUGCUAUCACUUUACUUCGGAUGAUUUAACUGAUCUUGGUGAAAUUGGCCGCGGUGCUUUUGGCACUGUAAACAAGAUGAUAUUUAAAGCAGGCAAGGUAAUGGCUGUGAAACGCAUACGAUCCACUGUCGAUGAAAAAGAACAAAAACAAUUGUUAAUGGAUUUGGAAGUGGUGAUGAAUUCAAACGAAUGCCCCUACAUAGUACAGUUUUAUGGUGCGCUCUUUAAGGAAGGUGAUUGCUGGAUAUGCAUGGAGUUAAUGGAUACCUCAUUGGAUAAAUUCUACAAAUACAUUUACGAACGUAAACAACAACGUAUACCAGAGUCGAUAUUAGCUAAAAUUACCGUGGCCACUGUGCAAGCGUUAAACUACUUAAAAGAAGAGUUAUCGAUCAUUCAUCGUGAUGUUAAACCCAGCAAUAUUUUGUUGCAUCGCCGUGGCGAUAUCAAGCUAUGUGAUUUCGGUAUUUGUGGCAAAUUAGUGGAUUCGAUUGCGGAGACCAAGGAUGCCGGUUGCAGGCCAUAUAUGGCGCCUGAACGCAUUGAUCCCGAGCGCGCUAAGGGUUACGAUGUACGUAGUGAUGUCUGGUCGUUGGGUAUAACGCUGAUGGAGGUCGCUACCGGUUUGUUUCCCUAUCCGAAAUGGGAUUCAGUUUUCGAACAGUUGUAUCAAGUUGUGAAAGGUGAUCCCCCACGCCUACAGACUUCCUACAAUGGCAUGGAGUUCUCACAGGAAUUUGUAGAUUUUGUGAAUACAUGUUUAAACAAAGAUGAGAGAGAACGACCCAAGUACGGUCCAUUGCUGGAAAUGCCUUUUAUAUUGCGUGGCCAGCGCAGCCACACCGAUGUAGCUGUCUACGUAACGGAUAUUUUGGAGAAGAUGGUCAAAGAUGGCAUAACCGAGUUCACAACAAAUCAGCCGGCUGAAAGUUAAUGGGCAUUCCAGUUAAUGUAUUAAAUGCCAUUUACCGUUUUUAGCAAUACAGAGCAAUGGUAAUGUGAAAUUUUGAUAGAUUUGAUAGACGAGUAACGUUAGUAGCAGAAUGGUAUGCAAAUUGUAUGCAAAAUGUGUGUGCGUGAUUAAUUGUUGAGACACCUCCGGUUAGCUGUUGUGUUGCUAAAAAAAAAAUUUACGAUAUAUAACAAAAACAAAAAAAAGAAAACAAAUAACGAAAAUUCGAAAAAAAAUAAAUAAAAAUAUGUAAAACCAUAUUAUUUAGUGGAAAGUGAAACAUAAAAUAUAGUACGAUAAGCAAACACUUAGCGCUUUGCAUAAAUGUUAGUCAUAAAUAUUUUGUUGUUUAGAAUUGUAAGAAGAAAGCGUUUAUUUUUUUAGCAAAACGAAAAUAAUAAUAAUAAUUUUUUUUUUGUAUACAAUUAAGUUCAUAUUAGCACUUUUGCAUUGUUAUGUCAUACGUUGCUGUUCAUACUUGUGUUGGAAAUGUAACGCUUUUCUAUAGUCAACAUAUUUUGCGCCUUCGAUUUGAAAAUACAAAUACAAAAAAAAAUAAUAUUAAUAAUA